AUGCAAGGCACUCAUCAAUUAUAUGCCGUGUUAGGGGCUACUGGCAACUGCGGAUUGGCUCUAAUGCAGCUAUUGCUGGCUCAGAAAGGCGUCAAGAUCAAUGCAUACUGCCGCAAUCAAGCGAAACUCUACCGCCUGCUUCCAGAAGUCGAAAACAACAAAAGAGUGGACAUAUACGAAGGCAGUAUUGAAGACGAGGAGUUGCUGGCUACUUGUACGCGAAAUUGCAAGGCUGCUUUUCUCGUUGCCAGUACGAACGACAACGUUCCUGGCUGCCACAUUAGCCAAGAUCUCAUCCUCAGCAUCAUCGGAGCCUUCAGAAGGCUGAAGAACGCCCAAGACCAAUUGGACAAUGAGUCUAGUGUUGCACUUCCAAAGCUAUGCCUCCUAUCGUCGUCUACAUUAGACGACCACUUGAGCCGUUACAUGGGAACAUUCUUCAGGUACAUCCUGUCCCGAUCGGCAUUUCACGUCUACGAGGAUUUACGUCUGGGAGAGAUGAUUUUGCGCCAACAAGAACAUUGGAUCACGGCGAUAUACAUGAAACCCGGAGGGAUAUCGGUGGACGUGCAGCGGGGUCACGAGCUCAGUCUCGAUCAAGACCAGACUUUUAUCUCUUACCUCGAUGUGGCGGCGGGGAUGAUUGAAGCGUGCGACGACCCAAAUGGGCACUGGGACUUGAAAAACGUUAGCGUGCGCAACGUUGCUGGCGCCCAUCAAUCGGAGGAGUUUCGAGCGAAGAGGUUAGAACCACCGGGGGAUUACAUCUUUGAGCUGUACCACGGCGAGGCGCAUCGUCAAGCCCACCGGUCCAGCACUAGCGGAGUCAGAAGAGAUGUUUACUACUGA